CCAUGAUGCUUCAGUCAAAAGAUAAUAAAGAGGAAGCAGCCAUGAGAUCGUUGGUCUUCACUUAAAGAUGCAAGCCAGAAUGGCUGCUGUAGAAGCUGCAGGCAUCGGUGAGAAUACCGGGGCCAAGUCCUUGUUGGUCAAAGAUGGAAAUCAGGAGCCACAGGAGGAAAAUGGGGCAGUCAACCACCUCUCCGAACACAGCGAUGCUUCCUUUGCUGGGGCAGAGCUGAAUCGGCAACAGGCGCCUGCCAGCAAGCUGAAGAAGACAGCCUUUAAGUUCUUUGGUGGGAAGAGAAGCAUCUGCACCCUGCCAAGUUUUUUUGGGGGGAAGAAUAAAAGCCAAGCAAAGGGAGCUUCCAAAAAGGGCCUGAGCAAGAGCAAGACCCAUGAUGGCAUCAGUGACGUGGGGCAUGAAGAUGCCAAUUCUAGAUGUCUCAGGAGUCCCUCCGAUGCAGGAACAGACUUCCCUCCUCCCCAGCUGCCAAGUUCUCAAAGUGCUCUUUUGGGAGCCAAUCUCAGAGUUGGCUUUGCCCAGCCAUCAAACUCUCUGUCCAGCAGUUCUGAAGGCUUUGAAAAGAAGCCUACGGGAGAAAAGUCCUUGUUCCUACCAAGAUCUAAAAAGGGGCUGAAAGGGCUCUUUAAUAGUAUUCGACGUCAUCGGAAGAACAAAGUUGCCGAGCCUGAGAAGACAGAGCUGCAAGAAUGGGCUCCCAGGGAUUCUGGGACCGAAGAACAGCCACAUGGAAAUGAGCUGGUUGGGAGUAUUAAAAGUGAGGCUCUGUCCCCAGAAUGUGGGGAGAACUUCUCUGGUGAUGCGGUGCCUCAAAUAGCAGCCAAUCAUACUGAGUCAGAAGAGAUGGAUUGCAUGGCAUCGAGCCCAGCUAGGUCUGUUGGCGAGGCAGCUAAAGGAUCAGCAUGCUCUGAAGGAUCUCGAGAUGGGCAGCUGAACAUGGAUAAUGUCUGUGCGAACUCUGCCUACAGUGACCUCCCUAAUGCUUUUGAACCAGAGUUUCUGGACAAGACCCCUCCUUGCAUACCAUCCAGGGAACAACUUAGCUUGAUGUUUGGGGAUGUUACUUCCCUUAAAAGCUUUGACUCUUUCACUGGCUGUGGAGAUAUCAUUGCAGAACCAGAUAUCGAUAGCAUCACGGAAAGCUCAACGUCCGUGGAACGCAGCAGAGACACUGCCAAGAGGAGCUCUUGUCUGGUUACUUACCAAGGUGGAGGGGAGGAAAUGGCCCUGCCGGGUGAUUUAGAAGAAUAUCUCCAACAGAUGUGGGAAGGUGCCAUCAAAGCAGAUGCUGUCUCUGAAACACAUCUGCCAGAGCUCAUCACAAAAUGUGAGCUUCAGGAGGUGAAUGGGGUCAAGCAGGAAGCUCAUCUCUACACUGAAGGAACAAGGAAUGAUGUAGAACUCCUCACACCACAUAGCGAUCAACAAGAAUCUGCUCCCAAUAGUGAUGAGGGCUACUAUGAUUCUACCACCCCAGGUCCUGAUGAUGAAGCUGGAGAUGGUUUAGAUGAAAUCAAAAAAGACCACCUUCCAAGGGACAGCUACAGUGGGGAUGCGCUUUAUGAAUUCUAUGAACCUGAUGAUGCACUGAUGAGCCCGUCUCAUGGGGAUGGAUCCUGGUUUGAUAGGAAAGUGUCUCCUUUGGAGAUAUUUGACCAGUUCCUGGACUUUGCUCUCCCUGAUGAGAAGGACUUGAUCUGGCUGAUGGAUCAGAAAAGUGAAGUGAUGGAAACAGAAGAGCAGAGGCUGGCAACCCUCCAGAAACAGCUGCUUUUUUGGGAGAUGCAGAGAGAGCCGGCCUUGAAGCAUCUUGAUAUGCUUAGCAGAAACCAACAUCUGAGACCAGUGCAGCUGUCUGAAUGUAAAAUGCAAACAACCAACUUAGUUGGGAAGGGCUCAAGUUGCCUUGAUUGUGAGCAAAUGAAUUUUGGUGCUUUGAACAACAGUCUCAGGGCUGGAAGGAAACUAACAGCAAAGCAAGACUGGAAUGAUUUCCACAAAGUGCUCUGUCCAGAAAAGCAUCAUAAUAGCAGCAGCACCACUAAAGCACACAGUAGUUGCCUUAUUGAGCCUUUGGGGAAUGGCCCAGGGUUGGACUCCAGUGCUGAACAUUCGGUGCUUGAUUCCUGUGCUUUGAGUAGUUUGGCUCCGGGGAAAUCCGUGACCUUCCCUUUGUGCAGAGCACAUGGCUACCACAGUUGCUCCCCAAGGAAGCAGCCCCAGGGCGUCAGAGCUGACUUUCAGCAGCCCUGCCAGGAGCAGAAAGAGGAACCAGAGCAGGCUGUCAGCUUCUCCCAAGCCUUGGUGGAAUUCACCAGCAGUGGGACACUUUUCUCCAGCCUGUCUGAAAGCCUUGGCAGCUCUGAUUCAGGCUCGGCAUUCACGCAGAACCUUCCUGCCCUCCCAACGAUGGUGACUUUUGACAUUGUCGAUGUGGAACAGGAAGGGGAAGGGGAAUGUGAGGAGCAUCUAGAGAUGAACACAGACGAGGACAUGACCACGUCCUUUGAGGCUUUCAGGGACUCUUAUGACCCCAAAGCAUCCUUUGCUGAAUGUGAUGAGCGAAUGUUUCCCGAGUAUCCCCAGAUCUCUUUCCAAAGUGGUCACUGGGGAGCCGCCAGCCUUCCUCGGUGUAUUCGACUUCAGGAGCUGAGUCCACCUCUGCUGGAGCCUCUGUCCAUCUGCAGGAGAAGCCGAUCGCUUGAUACCGAGAGUCUGGAGUUUGAGCUGGCAAGUUUGCAGCUAUCCAAGGACAGUUUUAGGCCGUUUGAGCUCUGGAGUGGUUUCAAAAAGGAUCCUGGUUCUCCUGGGUUGGACAGUGGCCGGGGAGGUGUGCCACACUCUCCAGGAGAAAGAGAAGGAGGAGUCAGUGGCCUCUCGUGGCUAGGACUACUGAAUGUACCAUAUGGCGGGGAGGCGUUUUCCUUGCAAGACACAGACACAGGGGAGGCUGAUCUGAAUACGCCUCCCUUUCGAAACCCUUGGGGAGCAUUGGAGCACUCUGAUACGGCUCCUCCUCUUGCCUUCCCGGGGCAGAAUUCCACCAAGGAACCAGCUGGACAACCUCCUGCAGAUGGAAGUAACCAUCCAGUCCUUCCAGCGUUGAGACCAAUAACCAGGCCCUCCACUCUGUUUCUGCAAGCCCCUGUUGUGUCGCAAGAAGGCUGUGCUCCUCACAGGCCUGGUGGGGACAAUCUGGCUAAAAAACAUGCUUGGGCCCUCCCUUUGGGAGAGACAGGACUAGAUUUGCCUCUGACCUUUGAUUUCCCUUGCUCCCCUGACAAGCCGGCAGUGUGUAAGCCUGUGGAUGUGACUCAGGGAACAUCUCAGCUUCACACCAAGCAAUGCUGAGACCAUCUUUAAGGGCAGGGCUGAGCACUGGGGGAGCUCUGGACCCAGAGCCUUUGGAAAGCACUUCCUGCCAGCUAGUCAAAGUCCAUGAACUUAACUAGCCAAGCAGCUUCUGUGAAUAGGGCUCAAGCUAAAUUGGAGUGGGCUUUGGUUCCAGUGGGCUGUGAGGAUACAGAAAAUACUGCAGACUGUUGACUUUGAUUUGAAGCUAGGAGGACUGGAUGAAAUGAUGCUGCUGAUGUUUCUCCUUAAACAGACUUGCUCGUGGGUAGAGGGAACUUCUCUUGGUCCCCAAAAUGAUAUGGAGAGAACAGGAACAGUCUCAAGUUGAGAUUGGAGUAAAGUCCUGGAUCAUGUCCAGCUGGACCAUCAUGGGAAAAGGGGCAGAGAUAAUUUCCAAAAGCCAACUAGGUGGCCAAAGUAAGAAGGGCUGGCUAUUUGGGCAGAAAAUCCAGAUCCUGUGUCCCACCUGUGCACACACACAGGACAGAAAAUGUGGGGCAGGAGCUCCCAGGUCAGUCUCUUUGCCAAGGACAGGAGUUCAAGACUGCCCGGUGGGGAUAUUUGCUGACGUUUGUGCAGGAGAACUUCCAGGGAGAGUCUGCCCCAGCAGUCCAUGCUGCACCUCCCUGACAGUGUUCAGGAUUCACUACCUGAGGCAAACCUUGAAAGUCCUGCCUGGUUAUAAGGUUGGUGCUAAUACUUUGGAAUCCUGUGUGCACACGGGCCAAUGAAACAUUUCGGGGAAGCCUGCAGGCAGAGCAAGAGAGGGUCCAGCUUCUUCUUCAUGGUGACAAAUAAGUCAACAAGCUACCUGUGAUACCGCCCAGUUCCGCUUUUGGCUGCUGGAAAGCCCUUCCACCCUCGCCACUGAAAUGUGGUGGUGAAAUUUUACUUUCAAAGAAACGGGAAUGGAAAGCAAUAGGCUUGGGGUAUAUAAUUUAAUUGCUCCCUCCAAUUAGGAGCCAAAACAUUUGACGCUGCCUUUUUCUGGAGGCACGCUGUAAAAGAAGAAAAUAACAGGGUCCUUGGCCAUCUGAAAGCUCCUCCCAUUUGCGGUAAAUCAAGGAUUUCUCACUUAGGAGUAGCUGUCCCCAAAGAGAGAGAAGGCGAAGUCUGGUAAUAGGAUAGGGACCCUCCAGAGGCACCAAGUUCCUGGUUCUUCUGACUGGUCUUCUCUGCUGUGACAGCUGUCCUGGGAUUCAGUUGCAAGCUUUGAAGGCCCUCGCCUGCAAGGCCUAGGUGUAGAAGCAGAAUACUGAGCUGAACUGAAGCAAGAACAUUUUUUUAAAAAAAAAAUUAACUUUCAGCUUCUUCCUGUUGAUACAGCCUAAAACAGUUUCUCAAGCUCAGCAACAUUAAGGUGUGUGGACUUCAGCUCCCAGAAUUCCCCAGCCAGCAUGUCCACACAUCUUAAAGUUGCUGAGCUUGAAAAAUACUGGCCUAGAAUAGUGGUUCUCAACCUGGCCUCCAGGUGGCCUGGGGAGAUGGGAGUUGCAGUGCCGCAUAGCUUCUACAGGUGGCAGCGUCUCGCUGGAACCAGCGUAGGGUCAGAAGCUAAGUAGGAUCAGGGCUGGUUAGUAUUUGGAUGGAGGACUUCUAGAGAAUCCCUGGGCUGAGUGGGGAGCUGGAAAAACAUCCUGAAAAAGGGCAGUGGUUUUGCGUUGCUGCCAAGACAACCACAUGGAUGUUGGGGUCCAUGAAAUCACCAGAAUUGAAAGGAGAUUGACUUCUAUUCUCAUCCAAGCAGAGUUUGGGAACUUUUGAUGUAGCUGGACUGCUUUCCAAGGCAGGGGUGUGUAAGGGUUUGGGGUUUUUUUGGACCAUUAAUUCUAAUCAUUUGUUUAAAAUUCCUACCCAUUUUGUUUCAGCCCAGGAUCUUUCCCUCCCAUGCAGCAAAAUCAAGAGAUAAAACCCUGAGGUGAAAUUGCCCCAUUGUGUCAUAAUCAAUGGGACUUAUUGGCUAAGACAUUGGACCAGACUGGGGUGACCCACAGUUCCAAGCCAUGGAACCCCACUGGAUGGGCUUGGGCCAGCCCCUCACUCUUGGCUCAACCUACUUCACAGGGUGGGUGUUGUGGGGAAAAAUGGAGGAGGGAAAGGUUGAACUCCUGCAAAUUAUAAGUCUGUUGAAUAAAAAUGAAAUAAGGGACAGGCUUUCACAUGUUUUGUGAAAACAAGCAAAUUGGGCAGAAAGAUUCUAACUCAGUCUUCUCCCUGCUGUGCUAUUUGGGGAGGGGGGGGAGUGGGCUUAUAAAUAUGUCAAUUGUGUCAUGGAGCAUUCAAGACCCUACCUUCCCAUCUCCAAACUUGGGGGAUAUGUUUUCCAUCUGAUCUCCACUUUCUCAGAUUCUGCCCCUUCUUCUGCUCUUAGGUUUUGCUGGUUGCCAUCUCCUUCAAAGGGGGGAUUCUGCUUAGGGUUCCAACUUGGGGUGAGAAUGGAAAGAUUUGCUUCAGAAUAUCUGAGACCUACCUCCAAACAUUUGGUGGGACAUCUGGCAGAGUGAAACAGAGCCCAUUGGUGGCACGUUUGUCAACUCCACUCAUGUUAAAAUAUCUAAGCCAGCUUUCCUUCUGAAUGGCAUGUCUUGAUAUAUUGGGCAAUAUCUCCUGUUGCUUUUAGCCAGCAUGACCAGUGGCCGAUGUUUAGAUCCUAUAUCCCUGACUGCAAGUCAGGAUGAGUCCAAGCCAAAUACAGCUAACUGGCCAUGGUGUGGUAGGCCAUCAAUGCUUGAAAAGCCUCCAAAUGUUGCCUACUUGGGACUUCUGAAAUGGGGUGCGGUGGGGUUGGGAGGCAUGAUCUAUGCCACGUAGUGGGGUUGAAGGGACCUCUGUUUUCAAUUGCUGCAAACUAUUAUGCUGCCUAUAUUAUGGGUAAAGUUCACCGUAAUGUAUGUUGUCCAUGGCUUUCAGGUGUGUUGGGUUUGGAGUGGCAAGUGUGUGUAGUUCUUUCUUCCUUUUGAGCAUAUCACCAAAGACAUCUUGUGGAGUUUGUUAAAUGGCGUAAACACUCCCUCUUUUUCAUUUCUUGGUUUGGCGGGGGUUGGGGAAAGGGGUAUAUCAUAAGUGUUCAAACAAACUAAUAAGAAUGUUUGUCUACAGAAAUGUAUUUGUUAGCCUUUUGGUUGUGCAUAUUUAUAGAAAUGCUUUUUUUCCCCCCAAAGAAAACCAUUUUAUAAUAUACUAGUGCGCUCAAUACUUUGGCUUUGCAUAAGAGAUUUGACCUCUUUCCAAAGGGUUUUUGGAUUUUUGUGUCGUGUGCUGUUUGGGAAAAAAAAGGGUGCAGUGUCGCAGGGAAAUGUUGGCAGAAUUGUGAGGAUGGGGAACCACGAAAGGCUGAGCAGUAGAGCUGGAACGGAUCGUCCCGUGUUUUCUCUUCUUCUGUAGUCUUGGUGAUUGGACCGUUUUGACCUGAUAACUUUCAUGGCUCAAGAAAUAGAGUGGAUUGUGAUAGCAGUGUUGCGUAGCACCAUAUGUUGUGCAGAAGGAGAUAAUGUUCUGACUACUAGUGGGGAACACUCACCGCACUGUUAGCCCUUCGAGGUAGUCUGGCCAAGAAGCACACCCAGGAGUACUAGUUCUACCUUUAUGAUAAGGUUACA